ACUUGUUGUCCAUUAAAUCCCCUCAUCGGAAAAAAAACUUCUCUUUGCAAUUUCUCUCCUAAUUCUAUACUUUGGUUCGAAAGAAAAAGUAAAGAAAAUGUGCAAGCCGACAAGUUCACCUUUCACCUGCAAAUAUGAAGCAAAUUCCGUCUCCAUUAAAGUCCCUGAAGAAGCCGACAUGCUUGCCCCUUUGAUACCCAAAAGUCCAACAAAAAACCAAUUGCAAACACAGAUUAAUUAUGAGGACAACACUUACCCCCACAAAACCAACAAAAAAACUCAUCUUUCCCUUGUUUUCAAUGAAGCAAAAUCCAUAGCUAAUAUUGCUUUUCCUAUGAUACUCACGGGUCUUUUACUCUACUCCCGGUCCAUGAUCUCUAUGCUUUUCUUAGGCCGGCUCGGCGGUCUAGCCCUGGCUGGUGGGUCCCUAGCAAUCGGGUUUGCUAAUAUCACUGGUUACUCUAUACUAUCCGGUUUAGCCAUGGGGAUGGAGCCUAUUUGUGGACAAGCUUUUGGUGCCCAAAAGUAUAAUCUUCUUGGGCUAACUUUGCAAAGAACUGUUCUUUUGCUUUUACUAACUUCAUUCCCAAUUGCCCUGUUUUGGGUUAACAUGAAAACCAUUCUUAUUUUUUGUGGACAAGAUGAGGAUAUUGCUAUUGAGGCACAAUCUUAUCUUUUCUAUGCACUACCUGAUUUAUUCGCGCAGUCUUUACUUCAUCCUUUGCGUAUUUACCUUAGAACUCAAUCCAUAACUCUUCCUCUCACUUGUUGCGCGAUUUUCGCGAUUCUUUUACACAUACCUAUAAACUUUCUUCUUGUUUGUAAACUUAAUAUGGGGGUUAAAGGAGUUGCUUUGAGUGGUGUUUGGACAAAUUUUAAUCUUGUAGCUUCGUUAAUUGUCUAUGUUCUUGUUUCUGGUAUAUACAAAAAAACCUGGGAAAAGUUGUCUACUGAGUGCCUUAAAGGAUGGAAAUCGCUAUUAAAUUUAGCGAUUCCAAGCUGCAUUUCAGUAUGUUUGGAAUGGUGGUGGUACGAGAUCAUGAUUUUGUUAUGUGGGCUAUUGAUUAAUCCGAAAGCAACGGUUGCUUCAAUGGGCAUUUUAAUCCAGGCAACUUCAUUGAUUUAUAUAUUUCCGUCUUCUCUAAGUUUCAGUGUGUCAACAAGGGUUGGCAAUGAGCUAGGAGCCAAACAACCAAGAAAAGCAAAAGUUGCUGCCAUUGUAGGCCUUGCUGGCAGCUUCAUUUUGGGCUUUACAGCUCUGUUUGUUGCCGUAACGGUAAGGAACGUAUGGGCCAAGAUGUUUACUAAUGACAAGGAGAUAUUGGCGUUAACAUCACUUGUUUUGCCAAUAAUUGGGCUUUGUGAACUCGGAAACUGUCCACAAACAACUGGAUGUGGGGUUCUGAGAGGAACAGCAAGGCCUAAAGUUGGGGCUAAUAUAAAUUUAGGUUGCUUUUAUCUUGUUGGAAUGCCAGUAGCAGUGGGGCUAAGUUUUUAUGCUGGCUUUGAUUUUGAAGGACUUUGGCUCGGAUUAUUAGCUGCACAAGCUUCAUGUAUGGUCACUAUGUUGCUUGUUCUACUUCAUACAGAUUGGGAUUUUGAAGCACUCAGAGCCAAAGAACUAACAGAAAAUAGUAGUAAUAAGCAACUCAAUGAAAUUUUUUUAUGUUAAGAAUUUUUAAUCUUUAAUUUUUCCCUCCAAUUAAUUUAUGUGUUUAGUAAUAGAUGUAUAGAGGGGAGGGAGCAGGGGUGCGUUUUUUUGUUCUUUUUUUACUUUAUUUAAUUAAAGCUGAGGCUGAAAAUGAAGCAGAGGCUUUUGGUAAUUACGGUGAGAUCCAAAAUGGGAAUUGCUAUCACGGGAAAUGACAAAAGAUUGUAGCUGGAAAAACCAACAAGAAGAAAAAGUUGCCCUUUUUAACUUAGCUUAGAAACAUAUUCUGAGAAAAUUACUACUACUAUCAAAUUCGGUUCAUUGCCUGAUUCUA